AUGUCAAACCUUCGCAGCAACGCAGCCUCGCCCACGGCGGAGGUCAAUGCAGCGGCGACUCCAUCGGCUUUUCGCGAUGUGACAAAUUCCUACUUGAAUGCGAAUAAGGAAAACAUUCCUCCAGCAGGGGUGUCGCUUGGCAGGUUCGGUGGGAAUGGUAAGGGUAAUGAACGCAGAUGUGUGGCGCCUGCCGCCGGCAGCACCGUAGGCAACGUGGACCUCGCGUGCUGCGGCACGCCCGUACUGGCAGACCUGAAAGUAGAGGACCCUAUGAACACAGACGCACCGGCCGUCGCAGACUGUGCGGCGUACGAAUCGAGUAACGUUGUGUGUGACGACCCUGGCAACGCACUCCCCACCGCAGCACCAUCACGCAGCCCGUUGAAGUCUCUCACGCGUGCCAUCACCGCCGGUCUUACGGCUGUCACUCCCAACACCCACAAACGGGCCGACGCCGCGGCGGCCUGUGCUGCAACACCCAGCAUCAUCAGCGACAGCAGCCUGCUGAGUGUGGCGCGUACCCCGGGUCACAACGUCUUGCCUUCAGCGAACCACACCAGCGGCGUCAACCCAGUAGCGACAACUUCAACGGCCACAAAACUAAUGCAGCAGCGCAGCCGUAGCCAGUGCUCGCCUCUGUACACACAGGGAAAGACGGGCAGUGCGUUUUCUCCGACAGCCGAUGUGGCCGCCGGCGUCAGCGGCGCUACGCAGGUCUCCCCGCAGUCGUCUCUGCACUGCACGCCCAGCGGAGCACGUCGCUCUGUCGCGGCGGCGAUGGCGGCCCGCGCCUUGAGCGAGACCCCCACCCGCAUGGACGACAUUUCCUUCUACCUCAACAACUCCUUCGAGUCCGGCUCCGAGACGCCAACGCAUGACGGCGCCGCCGGCAGCUACGACCCUGUGCGGACCCCGCAUCGCACCUUCGACCUACAGCAGGCGGUGGAGGAGAUGCUCCGCGGCUGCUUCGACACCUCCACGCCGGCGCGGCGCUCCGAUUCAAACGGGGUGAGUCCGCACGGCUCCCGCAAACGGCAGCAGCACCUGCUGGAUACGACGACCGCCGCCGCAGCGCAUGGGGCGCCGUUCAAUUCGUACGCGGUUUUGGAGUCUCUCUUCGCCGCGCCUGCCCCCUCCAAGACAGCCAACACUGCAGACGUCUGGGGACAAGGGCUCGCCAUGACGGCCGAGAGCACACCGGAGCGCUUUGCGGCACCGCAUGGCGUCUUCGCCGAGAGCGACAACGACGACAACGACGGGGGCACCUCGCCCUACAGCGACCUCGCGCCUCGUGAGGUGCCCGCGGUUGGCGUGCGACGCGACCCGAUGGUGUACUUCUCCACGUCGGCGGUGUCGUCUGCUGCCGACGCCUACGUGGAAUCGACAUCUGCGCAGGCGCCACGCCUGCUCGCAUCCGCCAUGGAAGAGGCGAUGCGGCCGAACAGUGGUGGUGGUGGUGAUGACGAGGGUUAUCAUCAUCCUCUGCCUCACUGCGGCAACGCGCCGGGGCGUCGCUCAGGUGGGAUUGAGUUCCACAACGAUGGCCUCACCAACGGGACGGACAUGCUGGCGAUGCUGGCGGCCGCAGUGCAACAGCAGAGCCCUCGCAGUGCUGGGGACGAGUAUGCGGAAGAGGAGUCGCCGACGUUCUCGGACCGCGACGGGGAGACUGUUGCUUCUGCUGCUGCUGCUGGCGAUGUGCCCCCUCCCCCGCCGUCGUAUGAUGACGUGCAGCAGCAGAGCCGGUACCCGCGGCGUAACGGUGCGACAUCGGCAGCCCCAGUAGGCACAUCGCAUGUCCCGCAGCCGACACGCCGCAGCCACCACCUCCCACAGGUGAAGGCGGCAGCGGGCUCGUUGAUUGCCGUCAGUGGCCGCCGUGUGCCCGUCGACAAGCUGCACCUCCUGUCGCUGAGCUCAGGCGACGAGUCGGCGACAGCCCCUGCCAUUCCGUCGAUGGCGGGUGCGGGCGGUCCCCGGUACGCCUCGCGUGGGGGCGGCGGUGCCGCCCGCUCGCAGGUGCAGUCGCCUCCGAUGCAGCACCACCACGUCGAGGGCCCUUCGAUGCGGCGGGUGCCGAAAGCGAACGUCGUGACAGUGACGCGUGCGCCGGCGUCUGCGGGACUUGGUCGGUCGGUGAAUGGCACGGUGUUGAAUGGACGCGGGGCUGGCAGUCCGCGGUGCGUCUCCGCCUCCGCCUCUCUCCCCUCUUCCUCCUUGCACACGAGCAUUGCCGAUGUGUUCGCGGCACGUACGACGGCGACGACGCGUGUAGUCGUCCCCGGCCCCUCUGCCCGCCGGAUCCCCCCAGCAGGCCAUCCUGGCGCCUCUCUGCAGUCACGCCAGAACGGCGCCGCCGCGAUCAUCGACGGAAGCGGCGUACGGCAGAGCAGCGAGACCGAUGUGGUGGCCGUGCUGCAGUUUUCAAAGGGCCAGACGAUGCGUUUUCUGGCGAACCUCUCGUCGUCCGCCCUGGUGGCGGCACAGGCGGCGCUGACGCGCGACUUUGAGAAAAGCAACGGCAGCAGUAGCAGCAGCAGUAACGGCGAGCUUGAUGGUGCCGCCAUGGCGAGCACAACUCUGGCGCGUGCGCCGCUGUCUCUGGUGGAGGUGGGAAAGUCGUACCUGGCGCACGUGUAUGGUGAUGAAAGCCCCUACGAGAAUGUGCCCUUCGAAGAUGUCGGCGUCUGUGUGCGGCUCUACCCCUCGUCCUCCAGUACGCCGGCCGACCAGGCCUGUCGGGAGCACAUGAACGGUGUUCUCCUGCGCGAGGUGGACGUCUUUGGGUGUGCGGUUGACCGCCAACAACACGAGCAGGCCCUGCAGCAGCAGACAGCAGCCUACAUCGAGUGCGAGCGUCAGUUCAAGUUCUCCAGUCUGCCCUUCCAGCUCGAGUCCAUUUACUUCACCUUUGACGGCAGCAUCUGCGUUGUGUUUUACCGCGUCGUCGUCGCGGACACCGCUGCCGCUGCCACGACGCAGCGGUUUACAAACACCUCGCGUGUGGUGCGCGAAUUGCAGUUUCACUUGAGCUGUCGUGUCUUUCUAAAACAGUGCUGA